AUGACUUCUGAUCUGUUUAUUGUUCUCAAAGCCCCCAAUGGAAAGGAAUACAAGCAGCCCAUCGGCCUCUUCAUAAACAAUGAAUUUGUCAAAUCAAGGUCCGGAGAGAAGAUUGCAAGCAUUAAUCCAACUGACGAAACCGAGAUAGCGUCCGUUUACGCUGCCUCGGCCGACGACGUAGACCUCGCCGUCUCCGCAGCCCGCAAAGCCUUUAAAGAUCGCUCAUGGCGAGAUUUGCCUCCCACAGAUCGCGGCGGUCUCAUGUUCAAGCUCGCCUCCCUCAUUGAGGAGCACGCUGAAACACUCGCCACUAUUGAAACCUGGGAUAAUGGCAAACCGUAUAGCGUCGCCCUGAAUGAAGAUGUUGGAGAAGUCGCAAACACUUUUCGAUAUUACGGUGGCUACGCCGACAAAGUGCACGGCCAGGUCAUUAAUACCGGUCCUGAUAAAUUUGCAUACACGUUGCGCGAGCCGCUUGGGGUUUGCGGGCAAAUUAUUCCCUGGAAUUAUCCACUGGCUAUGGCUGCAUGGAAGCUUGGACCGGCGCUGGCGUGUGGGAAUACUGUUGUCAUAAAGGCAGCCGAGCAGACGCCGUUGAGUAUACUGUACUUUGCGCAGCUCAUCAAGGAGGCAGGAUUCCCGCCUGGUGUGGUCAACAUCCUCAAUGGACACGGCAAGGAAGCAGGUGCGGCGAUUGCAAGCCAUCUCGACAUUGAUAAGAUUGCCUUCACUGGAAGUACAGCUACAGGCCGGCAGAUUAUGAAAAUGGCCAGCAUCAACCUCAAGAACAUAACACUCGAGACUGGCGGAAAGAGCCCUCUGAUUGUCUUCGCCGACGCGGAUCUAGAUCAAGCCGUCAAAUGGAGCCAUGCUGGCAUAAUGUCGAAUAUGGGGCAAAUCUGUACGGCCACCUCUCGAGUCCUCGUGGAGGAAAGCAUCUACGAUGAGUUCGUCAAGCUUUUUAAAGAACAGGUUAAAGAAGUCAGUAAAGUCGGCGACCCAUUUAGCGAUGAUACCUUUCAAGGUCCACAAGUCACAAAAGCCCAGUUCGAGAAAGUACUCGGUUAUAUCGAGUCCGGGAAGUCUGAAGGAGCGACAUUAGUGACUGGAGGUGAAGCUCACAAAGAUGCUAAUGGCAAAGGCUUCUUCAUCGCCCCUACAGUCUUCACACACGUAACCGACAACAUGAAGAUUUAUCGUGAAGAAAUUUUCGGACCUUUUGUCGUCAUCUCAAGCUUCAAAACGGAAGAAGAGGCAAUCAACCGUGCGAAUGAUACCACAUACGGGCUUGGCAGCGCCGUUUUCACGGAGAAUCUGACCAAGGCGCAUAGAGUAGCGAGGAGGAUCGAGGCGGGUAUGGUUUGGGUCAAUAGUAGCAAUGAUUCGGACUUUAGGAUCCCGUUCGGAGGAGUGAAGCAGAGCGGGAUUGGAAGAGAAUUGGGAGAGGAAGGGCUGAGGGCUUAUACGAAUGCAAAAGCUGUGCAUGUCAAUAUGGGGUCGCGGCUAUGA